AAAUUAAGUAACUAAUGGACCGUGACCCCUACUCUCUCAUUUCAACGAAAACCGUGCAAUCCACGCAAACUAUAGUUAAAUAUCGUUAAUAUAAUUGGAGAAUGUUAUGUUGGUUAAUAUUAAAUAUGCCACAAACACACACAAGGAGAGAGAAAGAGAGAGAGAGAUGCAGAGUCUGCAACAGAAGGCAUCUGAAUGGAGUGGUGUUGAGACAGAGCAUGCUUUCCUCAUCGACGACACCAAUUUGUUUCAAAAGCUAGGCCUUCAAACUUUCCUAAACCUUUCUACCAAUUUCUACAACAGAGUGUAUGAUGAAGAGGAGGAGUGGUUUCGUUCAAUAUUUGCAAGCUCUGAGAAAGAAAAGGCAAUUCAAAACCAAUAUGAAUUCCUAGUACAGAGAAUGGGAGGUCCUCCUCUCUAUUCUCAAAGAAGAGGACAUCCUGCUCUAAUUGCUCGGCAUCGAGAAUUUCCUAUGACACAUGAAGCUGCGGAGAGGUGGUUACAUCACAUGAAACAAGCAUUGGAAAACACUUCAGAUAUAGAUCAUCAUUCCAAGAUCAUCAUGAUGAACUUUUUCAGGCACACUGCAUAUUUUCUUGUUGCUGGAGUUCAGCAAAACAAUCAAAACCUUCAUCCUUGCAAGGAUGCAGCUGGAAGCCACCCAUGUAAAAACUUUUAGCAUUCAUUUUUCUUUCUGUAAAAGGGACAACAAUCAGAUAUCAAUUAUUUAAUAUACUGUUUAUGUAUAUACUUUUUUAAAUCUAUCAAGCAUCAAUAAUUAUUGAUGUUCCUGUAUCAAACAAAAACAAUAUUGAUUAAUGAAUCCAAGACAUACACGAAUACAUCUA